AAUUGUUUUUCACACUUCUCCGACCGUUCCAAUAUUAACGAGAAGAAGAUGUGGUCACAAUUAUUACUCUGCUGCCUGGUCGGCUUUGCUUUCGCAAACAACGCCAACCCAGCCUGGAAAGACAACACCGAAUACAGUUACAUCGUUCGCGGUCGCACUGUAGCCAGCCUCAAUGAAGUUUCCAACCAAUACACAGGGAUUCUCCUGAAGGCCAAACUUACCAUCAUUCCCCAAUCCAACGGUAAAUUGUACGCCAAGAUUUCCGAACCUCAAUAUGGACAAAUCCACACCGAAUUGGCCGAUGGCUGGAACACUCACAUUCCAGACUCUCAAGUCGGUUACAAACAUUUGCCAUUGACUGAUAAAUACUUCGAAGUUGUGAUGGAACAAGGCGUCAUCAGAGACGUAGUUGUCAACAAGGAUGUCUCCAACUGGGAAGCCAACAUUAUCAGAAGCAUUGUCAGCCAAUUCCAAUUGGAUACCAACGCUAAAAACCUGAUCCCAAGCCACGUCAACGCUCUUCCAGAAGGUCAACAAAACAAUGCCGUCUUUAAGACCAUGGAAGAUACCAUCAACGGACAAACUGAAACCUUAUACGACAUCCACGCUCUUCCCGAAUACGUUCUCCAAAGCAAACCAUGGUUGGCUCCAAAGCACGAAUUGAGAGGAGAAGGAGAGGUUAUUGAAAUUGUCAAGAACAAGAACUUCACCAACAGCAAACAAAGACCUUCCUUUUACCACGGCUUGUCUGGCAUGAGCCAAUGGGAACCUACCACCAAUCAAAUGGGAGAAUUUUUCACCAGAACCUCCAACAGCCGCGCUGUUGUUACCGGAACCCUUAAACGUUUCACCGUACAAAACUCUUACACCGUCAACAAGAUCAUGAUGAGCCCCACUUUGAACGAUGACAAAAAAGGUUCCGUUGUAAGCAUCCUUAACGUAACCCUCCACGAAGUUCGCGCACAAAGCGAAAAACCACAAGAAAUUUCUCAACCAAUCAGCUUGGGCGAUCUCGUCUACAGAUUCAACAAACCAUACUCCACUAACCAAGUUCGUGGCGAAUACAGAGGACAAACCAACGAAGGAAUGCAAGGUUCCGGCGAAGAAAUGUACGUUGCUCAUCCAAGAUUGUUCCGUCGUUCUGUCGAAGAAUUUAAUUUAAGAUCCGCAGAACAAUACCAAAGCCAAGAAAGAUACAUGGAACGUUACUGGAACGAACAACAACAACAAGAACAACCAAAAAUGGACAAAGCCCCACAAACUCCAUUUUUGCCUUUCUCCAUUGGAUACAAAGGCCAAUCGGUCAAAACCGAACAAGGAUUUAACGUAGUCGAAAAGGUGGAAAAACUUUCCCAAGAAAUUGGCAAGUACGUUCAACAACCUGAAACCAUCUUGAAAAAAUUUGUCUUGGACAAAUUCACCAUUUUGACCCAACUUGUUCGCAUCAUGAACGCCGAUGAACUUCAAAAGGUUUCCCAAAAAUUGUACAGCCAAGAACAACACGGUGAAAAGUACGCCGCUUGGAUCGCUUUCCGUGACGCCGUCGCUCAAGCCGGAACUGGCCCAGCUUUUCUUACCAUCGAACAAUGGAUCCAAACCGACAAAAUCCAAUCCCAAGAAGCUGCCAUUGUCAUCAGCACCAUGGCCCGCGCUGUCCGCGAACCCACCGUUGAAUACAUCCGCAAAUUCUUCGAAUUGAUCAAAUCCGAAAAAAUCCAAUCCCAAAGUCAAUGGUUAAGAAAAUCUGCCCAUCUUUCUUUUGGUACCCUCUUGCGUAAUGUUUACGUCGAAAAGCGCGAAUCCCACAAUGCUUUCCCCGUCCACGUCUAUGGAAGAUUCUACAACCACGAAGGCAAAACUUUGAUGAGACAAACCAUCAUCCCAUACUUCCGUCAACAAUUGGAACAAGCCAUUUCUCAAUCCAAAACUGAACAAAUCCACAUGUACAUUCGUAGUUUGGGUAACAUUGCUGACAGAGAAAUCCUCUCCGUAUUCGAACCUUACUUGGAAGGACAAAAACAAUGCUCCCAAUUCCAACGUUUGAUGAUGGUCGUAUCUUUGGACAAACUUACCAACGGACACCCCGAAUUGGCCCGCUCCGUUCUCUACAAAAUCUACCAAAACGCCGGGGAAUCCCAAGAAGUCAGAGUGGCCGCGGUUUUCCAAUUGAUAAGAACCACCCCACCAACUGACAUGCUCCAACGCAUGGCCGAAGCUACCCACUUCGAUGAACACGACGAUGUUAACGCUGCUGUCAAAUCCUCCAUCGAAACCGCCGCUCAACUUAAAGGAGAACAAUACAGAAACUUGCGUUCCUCUGCCAGAGCUGCUCAACCCCAUCUCACCAAGAAAUACUAUGGCUUGCGUCAAUCGCAAAACUUCCUUCGCAGCUACGUUCUCGAUGAAAUCAAAGUAGAUUACAAACAAGUCGUACAAUCCAUUGUUGGACAAGGAUCUUUUAUCCCAAAAUCUGUUAAAUACUCCCUUCGUUCCUCCCUUGCCGGAUUACACCGCCAAUUGGUUAACUUACAAUACAUGGUAUCCAGCAUCGAUGAACUUACCAACGUUUUGAUGAAGCAAACUCAACACUACCAACAAGCUAGAGAACAAAGCCAAACCACCGAACACCAAUGGAGCAGCCAAAAAAUUGCUGGUAUGUUAAACAUGAAAAUGGACGAAAAAGACCAAUUGGAAGGUUCUUUGAACAUUGAAUUGGCCAACAUUCACCCACUCUUGUCUUUCGACAACCGCACUAUCGAAAGAUUGCCAGAAAUAAUCAGCGUACUCGAACAAGGAUUAAAACAAGGAAAACAAUUCCACUACAUGAAAUUCAUGGAUGCUGGAGAAUUCACCAUGGCUUUCCCCACCGAAAUGGGCAUCCCAUUCGUAUACACCUACAACACCCCUGUUCUCAGCCACUUCCACGGUAAAAUCGAGGCUCAAAUUAAACCAGAAUUCACCAACCAAGGCAAAUUCCAAAUUCCUGAAACCGUAUCCAUCAAAUCCGAUAUUAAGGCUACCCUCCACGGUAAAGUACAAGGACACAUUUCCUUCAUUGCUCCAUUCGAACACCAACAAUACGUAGCUGGAUACGACAAGGUCUUCUUUACUCAUGUCCCACUUCGUGCCAAGAUCGACGUUGAUGUCAAGAAAAUGCAAGUACAUGCCGAAUUAGAACCAAUGUAUGAACAACAAGGCAAACAACAGGUUUUGCACUACAGCACUGUACCAUACACCACCAAAGCUGAUUUGCUUAAAGCCGAACCUUUCCUCGCCAGACAAAGCACUCAAGUCAUCUCUCAAAAAUUGAACCAAGGUUUAGAACACGUUUUCGGAAAGAAGGAAAUGGGCAUGGCUCUUCGCGUUGAAUGCGAACACGAACAAAGAAGAAACAACCUCUGGUGGCUUACCAAGCUCAUGGAAAGUCAAGAUCCUCUGGCCCUUUUGCAAUUCGUUAAAUUCGGUGCCAUCGAACGUAGCCAAUUGAAUGUCUUCUACUUGCCCCAAGAAUCCACCACCCGCAAGGUCGCAAUCAAAUUGGGAUACCAACAAGAUUACAAAACUCAAGGAUCUGACGAAAGUAGCGACGAUUUGUCUCAACUUGCCCAAACCAGCUUAGAAUCUGACGCUCGCCAACAAGAUUUUAUCAAGAUGGUAUCCGCUGGAAUCAAGAGCGUGCACACUAGAGUCGUUGAUGGUCAAAUCGAAUUUCAAGGACAACAAACCUUAAAAUACACCCUUACAGGUGCCAUCGCCAAAAGUAACGUCGAUCCUAAAUCCCGUUUCUUGGUUCUCGUCAAAUCUGAAAACCAAAUGAAACCAUUCCAACUUGCCAUCAGUGGCAAAAGCCAAAUCCCCAACACCAACGGACUCGACUUGACCGAAUCCCUAAAGGUCCAACCCCAAAUCAACACCCAAGUUAAAAUUGCUUUCGGUGAAAACCUUCAGCAAUCCGCUUCCAAAAUCAAUGCUGAAAUCGAACUCCGCAGAAGCGAAUCCCGCAAACAAUACUUGCUCGAAGAACCCAUGUACCACGAAUGCAAACGUCAAAUGCAAGAAGGUAACCGCCAACUUCCAGCCUGCGCUAACAUGACCAUCAGAGCCAACCAAUUGGACGACAUCCGUGUUAAAAUCCAACAUGAAAACAUGAAACCUGAAUCCACCAGAGCAAUUCAACACGUAUACAACGCUCUUCGCUACCAAAUGACCGUACUUCCUUACGUCGAAAUCCAAGAAAGCCAACAACAAGACAAACAAAUCUACGUUAAAGCCCGUUUUGCUCCAAACCUUAGAGCCAUCAACGUAACUGUUCAAGAUGGACAAGAAGAAAUCACCUUGAAAAACGUUAACGUCAACGAAUGGUUCGCCAAUGUCUUCGUUGCCCACCCAGUCUUCCACGUUAAAUCUCGCCUUGCAGGAAAAAUGCUUGGCUACCAAAACUACAGACCUAACUGCGUUGUUGAUCAUACUGAAGCCAACACUUACUCCAACAGAACAUACUCCAUCAGAUCUCUUCCAAAUCAAUGGACUGUCAUGAUGCAAUACGUUCCCGAAAAGGCCCGCCAAGAACAACAAUCCGUAAACGGACAAGAACAAUUGAAACGCCAACUUGAAAACUACCUCGUUAUGGUUCGCCAAAACAAAGAGAACCCAAAACAAAAGGACGUCAAAAUUACCUUCAACGAACCAAGAACCCAAGGCAAAACUUUGGAAAUCACCAUGCAACCAGCUCAAUCCGGUCAACUAUCCGACGUCAAGCCCAAGGCUAAAGUGUUCGUUGGACAACAGCAAGUCCAAGUAAACAGUCAACAAAGCCACGACAUCCAAGGAGAUUUGGUCCAAAUCUACGCUUUGCCCAACGGAGAAGUCAAGGUUGAAGUACGCGGUAAAUUCUACGCCAUCUACGAUGGAGAACGCGUCAAACUCACCCUUCAAAAUGGACAAUUCCGCGAUCAAAUCCGCGGUCUUUGCGGACAAUGGAACGGACAAAAAUCCACGGAAUUCCAAACCCCUGAAAACUGCAUUGUGAGAGGAGAACGCGAGUUCAUCCAAAGCUGGAACGCCGAACAACCCCAAAAACAACAACGCCAACAAUGCUACAGACAAGAAGUUUUGUACGCCAACGUCGUUUCCAAGCAAGAUCGCGGAUAUGGCCAAGAACGCCAAAACCAACACCAACACUCCGGUGACAUGUGCACCAAAUACCAAACCCGCUACGUCGAACAAAACGGCGAAAUCUGCUUCACCAUCCGCCCGAUGCCUGUUUGCCAAUGCCAACAACGCGGCACCAUCACCAAGAACGUAGCCGUCCACUGCAUCAAGCAAUCCAAUGUUGCCAACUUGUGGAAGAGCCAAAUCAAAAAUGGCGCCAGCCCCGACUUUGGAUCCAAAACCGAAACCAGAAAGAUCCAAAUGGAGCUCCCCCAACAAUGUUCCCAAUGAUACAGGAACACGAAAUUAAUGUUUAGUCCUAAUUAAGAGCAAAAAUUAAAUAAAAAAAUAAACCUCUUUAAUAA